CCUGGGCGCGCUGAUCUCAGCGCGCGCAGGCUUCGGCAUGCCGGCAACUCUCCGCGAGCAGCGGCAGCGCUGCCGCUGCUCGCGGAGAGGUCCGCGAAGCCUGGGCGCGCUGAUCUCAGCGCGCGCAGGCUUCGGCAUGCCGGCAACUCUCCGCGAGCAGCGGCAGCGCUGCCGCUGCUCGCGGAGAG